UAGUAAAUAAAUAUCGUUAUUUUUUCGUGUGCUCAAAUGCUGUAAUUUUAAUACUUUAAUUAAAUGAAAUAUUAAUUUACAUGCAUUAAUAUUAAUAAAGUUGUGUAAUUGUGAUUAUAAUAUUAGUCAUGGCAAAUGCUGAGCAUAUUGAAGCUAAGAAUAAUAUCAAGUUGAAAUGCAGACAGUCAAUAAUCAAUUUGAAAAGCAGUAUGGAUGAAUACAUUGAGAUUAAUGAUGCAAAGCUGGAUGACAAUAGAGUAUUACUUCAGCAUCAAUCGCAAGAUUCCAUAAUUGAUAUGUGUGCUUCAAAUAAGGAAUUGAACAAUCAAACUAAUGUUAUGCAAUCAACAAUUAACAAUCUUAAGAAGAUUGAGAGUGAACUUGAAAUUGAGCUUGAAGAACUACUGAAUGAAAACAGAAAUUUUUCAAAAGUGGUGAAAUCUUUGGUUUCCACAUAUAAUAAAGCAUUUGAUUUCCAACAAGAAAUCCUAAACAUCAAUGACAAAAGUUAUACUCUCCGGAUAAUGUUUGUAUUCAAUGGAAAAUUAUAUGCAAAUUAUUAUAUUGAUUUUCUAUUUGAUUUUAAUGAAAAUUUACUUGAUUUUCAAGUAAAUUCACUAUGUGUGAAUGUUGAUAAACUUAUGAAAUGGUACUCCGAGAACAAAAAUGUGAUACAGCUUAUUGGCAAAUUAAGGAAAUUAUUAAAAGAUUAUAUUGUCAUUAAAAAUUUAUAGUAUUAGGAUUGAAAUGUGGUUUUUCUAUAAUCAUAU